AUGAGUACUCAGAUGGAAGUCUUGCGCUGCUUCAAUUGCGACCACACCGGUAGAAGGCACGAGGAUUUUUUCAAUAUUACUAAAAUUCAUCCGUCAUUUGCUGAGAAAGCAGACUCGGAAAGUGAAGAACAAGAACAAGACAAGUUUUUGAGAGAAAACGCUUUCCUAGUGUGUGGCGAUUGCGUCUACGAUCGUCUGCAAGAGUGUCAUAGCUGUGCCAAGAAAGCGCCACUGUGCAUGUUCAAAAUUGCGGAGUGGUUCACUGACAAGAAAAAUCGGAUUUGUAUCGAUUGUGCCGCAACUCUCGAGGCGCUUGGAUUAUUUCAGACCGGCUAUCAUUCCAGUGUAAUCAUUCGCCAGUGCUCGGUUUGUCGCCAUUUUAAGUAUUUACCUUCGUUUAUCAGUUGGAGAAAGCAUCAGCCGCACGAAACAUUGAAAGAUUGCUUUGAAUGCCAACUCCGGCGAGAUAUCGUGCAAUAUAAGAGGAAACUUCGAGAUCGAUACGAAGAAAAACUUCAACAAGAACCUGUUCUUGGUGAUGACAUCCAACCGUCAAGGACAGGUGGCAAAGAACGGUUUGGGAAGGCACUCGCCCAACAGGGAGCAACUUACGCGUCUGUUGUUUCAAAAGGAUUCACUAAUGGUAAAUCGUCCUAUACUAAGAGCGACGAAGGCCAUUUGGGAACUAAACAAAACACUGCACAUCUAAACGUUCCGAUCGAAAGUAGGCAGCAGAGAGGAAAGAGUCUUAGCACUGGUUUGGAAGGUAAGAGGCGCCGUACAGAUUGCAGGUGUUUCCCUAGAAAAAAAAUUGUGUUUGACCAAAACCCUAAACUUUCCCGUCAUCUAGUGUAGAUGAUCUGAAUUCGCGUUUGCUUAAAAUAAUUUGCUGUAUGUUUUUGUCGUCUAAACAGAGACAACACCACACUCAUUUUAUGAUAAGGCUUGUGUAGUGAUGAAAAUAUUUAAAGUUGAUCGUGCACUUGGUCAAUAUUUACUAUUCCAUUUGGCGUUUCUGAUGCAGGUAUUUUAAUUCUCUGAAAUUAUGUUAAGUUUAUCUUCGUGGAGCCUGUUUUAUUGAUUAAUAAAGCAAAUUUCUCGAUAUUCAUUUGACUGAAAGAAAUUACAGGUUACACGAGGAUUACAUGUUGUUUGCCAUCAUAGCGGAAACCAAUUGUUUCCGGUGAGGAAACUUCGAUCAAAUUUGCAAUUUGGUGUCAGUAGAACCAUUCCACUGAAAAAAGUCACACCAUCGUUCAAUAUUUAAUAUACUUGAUGAAAAUUCUUCAGAGACAUGAUUCUUUAAUAGCUUUAUGUUUAAACUACUCGUGAAAACCCAACUCUCACAUGACACUAUCAAAAAUUGUGGAAUUUGGAACUUCUAAGUUAUUAUACAUACAGUUUGUCAACAGUGUUUUUCAGACACCAUACAUGUACUUUGGCUCUUUAUACAGUUACUGUAGAAAAUAUUUGAACAUAAUGUGUCCACAGACAGCUCAGGCAGUUUAAGAGUAGUUUUAACAAGAAGCAUUUGAAUUUACAUUUUACAUGAAAAUGUUCCUGAUGAAGGAAAGAUACCUUUUAAAGGAUAAAAUCCAAAUUUAUGGCUCACUAAUGUACCUUGCUCUGAUGUUAUCUCUUUAACCAUCUGUUUCCUUCUGGGGUCAUUUCAAAGUCAUUCCCAAGAGUUUUAGCUCUCAAGUUCUUCUGCCAAGUAACAAUAAAUUAUUUAACAGCUUAAAGCAAAACAAGCAGACUCAAGCGGACCAAGUGAAUUCAAAACUUGAUGACAACCUUCUACACUCCUAAGAACUUCCAUCAUUAGACCUUUCAACUUUCCCAAAAGCACUAAUUUUUAAUAGCUUUUCAGUUUGUAUCUUUUCAUUUCUGCAGAGGUGUUGGACUGGAAUUCUUGUCAUAAAAAUUAUUUCAUGUAUACUAGGGAUUUAAACUGUGGCACUGUUUUUUCCUAAAAUAGGAGUAGGUUUAUGACAGUGGAAGGGUACCCAGGUUGAUUGACUGUGGGUAGGCAAGAGUUAAGUCCAAGUGUUAGCAACAGAUUACAAAGUUUUCCAUUUUUCCUGUUCAACUCACCCUCAAAGUUAUAUGGUUUGUGUGAUAAAACUUUGAAAAAUUGGUCCAUUUGUUUUGCAGAAUGUUUUUGCAUAAACGUACUUGAGGCUCUGAAGACUUCAUUCAGCCAGCUAGAGGAAAAAACUAAGCUAGAGCUCAAGCUUUUGCAAUCAGAUCCACAUUUUUGGAAGGUUGCACUGAGGGACAAACUUUUGAGAGUUUCACAACUAUUUUCGAGCCAGGCAACUGACCAGAUUCAGUUUAAUGAUGCAGAAUCACGAUGGGCUUAUCUUGGAACUUAUACAGCAGCCCAUGCUACCUUGAUUCAUGCUGUAGUGACGUCAGGUCAAUUUGAGCCUCUCACAGAGUUUGUAAGGAAAAGUCAAGAUCUAGAGAGGUUUGUAUAGCUUGCUAUAGUUAUUUAUUGCAGACCACAGAUAUAUUCCAUGUGUCUGAGAAAUUACUAGACUUGAUAAGGAGUGAGCAUUGGUGUACUUGUGUGUCAAACUAUAUUUAUGCAAAAGAGGGAACUUCCACAGCAGACUGGCUGCAUCUUUGCCCCACUUUAUUAUUUUUCAUAUAAAGAAGUAAAUGCUUAUUUUGGAUGUUGUUAAAAAAGGUACAUAAACAAGUCGUACUUACAGAAAUUUUGUUAAGCUUGUUGAAUGAGGGUAAUCAAACUAACAAGAAAUCCAUUUUCUUCAUUCUUUUAUUGUCAAAAAUCUGCAACUGGGGUUUAUCAUUUUUGUUUGGGAGCAUACUUCUUUUUGGGGAGGGGGAAUGGGGAGGGUAUGGCAUGCUUUUUAAUACCUUUACCCUGACUCUGACCUAAAGAAUGGAUUUUUCCCUGAAUACCAAAGAUCUGAUGUUCUCGUCAUAAGAGUCCUUGAUAUUUUAAAGCUUUUAGUGCUAACUUUUAACCUAUUAUCAAGAACUACAAAGCCAUUUACAAUUUACUAAUGUACUGGGCCGAGUUGUUCAAAGGGCAGAUAAUACCAUCCAACCAAUAAAUCAGUAUGCAGUAGAGAAGCGUUAACAAAGGUACUGCGCUAUCCAACUGAUAGCAAUUUAUCCAUUGGAUAGCAUUAUCCACCCUCUGAACAAUUGGGGCCUGAAGUGUUCUGUAUGUGUUCUCUUUGUUUUUCCAGUUUCUUUAAAAGUACAGACUGUUCUCAAAGAAAGACAUUUGUCAUUUUGAAGAAAGACAUUAUUAUAAUACUGAACUGAAAUAGUUGCUUAUAUAUUGUCUCGUUAAUUUACACACAAUCAUGGUGUUCUCCCUAACUGAGCUCUCGAGAAACUCAUUUGUAGCUGCUUUAUUUCAUAUUUUGUUAUUCACAUUUACAUGAAUGUGACUGGCCAAGUGAUAACUCAUUUUUGUUUAGGUUGCAAGUAUGCUGCCUUGGUGCAGGACCUGGUAGUGAGAUUCUAGGUCUCUAUCAGCUGCUUCCAUCCAAUACUCAGUGGUUACUUUUAGACAACUGUGAGCAGUGGUCACACACAGCUCAGAUUCUAUUGCAAGAUGUCUGCAAUGUAUCUUUCCAGUACAGUGCUUUUGACAUUUGUAACAGUGUCAGCCAUGGAAGCAGGGGAAAUUCACCACCAUCACCAAACUAUGCUUUCAAGAAGGUGAGUUGAAUAGCUAUGUUCUGUAAGUAACAGUAUCUUGUUGAUGUUUUUUUGUGUUUGUGUUUUCAUGAAGUAAAUUUUUCCUAGUAAGAAAAUUCUCUCUCUAUCCUAACCUUGAAUCUGUAUUUUGUUUUCAAUCAAUAUAAUGGCAUUUUUUUAUUAUUAUUUUUUUUAAUGGGACCAGUAUUAGCUACCGUCCAUGGCUAUUUUUCUUUGUGAACUAAUAAAUGAUUCACAAAUGGCUGUAAUGUGAACCAUGUGCGGAAAAGAGAGCUUGAUUUUCUGUUUCUGGACAACAUGAUAUAAUGUGGGUAGAAUUACUCUCAAUCUUCAAAUAGUUUUUUUUGGGAGUCAAUUUUUUUAAAGGAUUUGGGGCAUGACAGGAUCUUUUAUGAAUGUGGUGGAUCUCUUCUAUGAUCUUUCAGGUUCCUGGAAAGAUUUUGGACAGUAGUGUUUUAUUAAUUCUGUCUAGUUAGCUAUUUUUCAGAACACAGUUUCUUAAUUAGCAACAUCAUAAAAGAUCUUAAAGGGCCCACUCAAGAGUUUCAUUAGAAAUUGUUCUUUCAACUAAUACCUGUUGAUGUUAAAGUCAGUGAUAGUGUCAGUGGAAGCAAUAGCCAUGUUGAAAUUUUGUCUCCCCAUUUGAGAAAGAUAAUUUUUCUUCCAUGAGUAUAUUGCCCCUAAGAUCUUAUACUUUUGGCUGAACAACAUGUUUUUCUUGUUACUACCUUCAGGCAAAGUUGUUCCUGUUAUCAAAAUUUGUGUCUGCUGUCCAGAAUCUUCCUGGAUCUUUCCAGUAUCUUCGUGACAUUAUUAAGCGAGCCUCCCGAGGGUCAUUAUUCCUUUUUGUGGACAAUGCUCACAUUCAAACCAAGAACUUCAUAGAAGACUUGAUAUUCCCUUCACAUGAUAGCACAGAGCAAGAGGAGUACAAAGAAAACAAAUCAUUUAGGUUGUAUACUACUUAUGCAGAACUAAAUUCCGAUCGUGAGGAAGGUUUAAAAUCGGCUGCUAUGUGUGAAUGGGUGAGUCUUAUCAGUUACUGGCUGGACAGGAACCCAAUACUGGACUUGAGGGUUAAUGUUCAUCUGGCUGUCAAAAAGGUGUGA